CUCCGCGGUGAGCCUCCGUGUCCUCCCGCGUGAGGAUUUUGUCUCACCGGAUUUCCAGGAUGAAGGUGUUCGGGCUGCUACUGCUGUUGGCCGGGAUGGUGGACGGGGCUGCCAUCUCUCCUGCCCAAGACUUGGGUCGAGAGCGCCGCUCUUAUUUCGAUGAUUCUGUUGAUUCUGAUUAUGUCUUCAGGAAUGGUUGGUAUCUGCGACCCUACCGAUUCUUUCCUGGCUCUGGAUUACUUGUUGCUACUGCAGUUCAGCCAGCACGCUUUAAGUUCAAACCCAGAGUUCGGGGGAUUUACGACUGCCAAUUCUGCCUUGGUGUUGGAUGUCUCAUGGAAUUGGACGCUUCAGACUCAGAUGAAGAUCUUGAUCCGCAUGACCCCCAUGGUGUAUUUGUAAACCCAAUAUAUAAGCCCAAAAUUCCGGACUCGAAUGCUUUGGACUCAGAUGAAACCAUAGAAGACAUAGAUCCGGACGACCCCCAUGGUGUAUUUAUUAAACCAAAUUAUCCCUAUAGACCAGGUGUUAUUAAAGUUGUAAACACAAAUUAUCGAUCAGGCACUUGGGAUUCAGAUAAAGAAUCAGACACUUGGGACUCACCUGAAGGGAUCUGCCGAUGCUGUCCUGGUCUUGGUGGACUUUUGUUGGUGUUAAAGUUAACAAACCAAGAUUUCGUAAGAAAGCAAAAUAUUAAACUGGCAUGUGUGAAUGACAGACCACCACAACUCGGCACUUCAGUUUCUCCUCACUGCAAAAUCUUGCCCUUGCUUUUUUUUCUCCCUAACUUUCACCUGGCCUUUCAAGUUCUUUUCUCCUGAGGAUCAUUACCUUAGGUUGCCAGGAUCCCCCUUGAGUCCCCAAGCUUUACAAUCUACUCCUUCACUAUGUGUAAUCAGCCCCGUUGUAAGAUUAUGUCCCGAUCAUCUCACAAACACACUCUUGAAGAAAUAACUCACCAUGAAACAUUAAAUUGGGUAACUUAACUCAUGUCUUGUCUUACGUUACGAUGUACUAGUGUUUCAUGUGCUCUGGCUAGCAAUCUUGAAUGUGCACACUGUGUUUCGGUGUGAAGUAAUCUAUGUAGGAUUAGGAAUGGACCAGGCAUUGUCUCAAAACAUUUCCCAUUUAAUAGACUGUACAUGGCUGGAGAUCGAUUUAUUAACAUCAAUGAAUUCUCAUAAAAGUGAAUAUGAAGUUCAGCUGACAUUACAGCAUGCAAUAAACACCCGAUGACUGAC